CACUCAGCCCAUUGAGGUACAGCUACCCGGCAACCGGUAACCGUCAGCUGACUCCGGGGAACCCUCUGGGCAACCCGGGACAUCACGGGCCAGCUCGUUGGGAGAGAGAGGGAAGUAGCUGCUUCCCGCGCGGGCUCUCGGGCCACGGGGCCGCGACGACGUGGGACUCUCGGCCCACGGAGGCCUCACUUCGCGCGCAGAGGCCGGUACGGACCACUGCGUCCGCCCUGGCAGCCAGCCCUGCCCACUUGGAAGCCCGUCCGCGGCGAGGCCACCGUUCCCUUCCGGGCCGCGGGGAGCGCCAUCGCGACGCGCUAGCUGGGCUGCCUCGGUCUCGGAAGACCACCCAAGCCUCAAGUUCAAACCUUGAUGGACAUCUGCUCUGUUCCCGAAGAAGAUCUGGCUGCCCUCUGCCUGCAGAAUGGGACCAAAGGCUUUUCUUGGGGUGUCCUAGUGAGUCUGCAAUCUCAGGACCAGCAUGAGGCAUAUCCAUAUCUACAGUGCCUGCAAAGGACAAGAGGAGGUUGUCAGAUCCCCUGGAGCUGGAAUUACGGAUGGUUGUGAGCCACCCAAGUCUGUUUUAGGUGACCUCAAAACCCCAUCAGGAGUUGAGCCAGUGCAGAGAACCCCAUGGACCAAACUUCUGAAGAAUUUCCAGAACCUAAGGAGGAGGAAGAGCCCAUGGAGGAAAAGCACACAGCAAGCAAGAAGAGCACCAAACCCACAUCUCUGUCCUGGGGCUUCAAGACCAGAGAGAUCCCUAUGAUGAAGAUCCCAAACCACUUCCAUGCUAAGAAGACAGAAAAUAUUCUAAUCCUGGCGGCCUUUUCCAUUGGACUUGGCAGCACGUGGCGCUUCCCAUACCUCUGCCACCAGAAUGGAGGAGGAAGCUUCCUGCUGAUAUAUGUCACCCUCCUGCUGCUGCUGGGGAUCCCCCUCAUGUACAUGGAGAUGGUCAUAGGACAGUGGCUACGCAUGGACAACAUCCAGGCCUGGAGAUAUCUGGUCCCCUGGCUUAGUGGUGUGGGCUACUCCAGCAUGCUGGCUUGUGUCUUGGUGGUUCUGUAUAACAGUGCCCUAGUCUCCUGGAGCCUCUUCUACCUUGGCCAGUCCUUUGAUUACCCUCUCCCCUGGCAACACUGUCCCUUGGUGGAAAACUUAAGCGUGGCUGUGUCUGGAUCUCUCCACCACCACCCCUCUUCAGGCAGCAACUGCCUUUGGUCAGAACCCCACCAGCAUUUCUGGUAUCACACUAUCCUUCGAGCCUCCAAUCAAAUAGAAGAAGGGAUAGAAGUGCUGGUCCUGAACGUGACCCUGUGCCUCCUUGCCACAUGGAUCUUCCUCUAUGUCACCAUGGUCAUCAGGAUAAAGAUUUCAGUGCUGAUGAUGAUCUUCUCCAUCUUGCUCCCCAACAUCCUUCUCUUCUGCUUCUUCAUCCGCACUCUCUUCCUGAGUGGUGUGAAGGCUGGCCUCUGGCGCCUGGUGACCACAGAGGUUUCCAUCUUGGCAUCACUGGACGCAUGGCGUCAGGCUGGAGGCCAUGUUCUCUACUCCCUCGGCCUUGGCAUGGGCACCAUCCUAACUUUCUCCUCCUACCAGACUAGAAGUGAGAACUACAUCAAGUGGGCGUCCUUUGUGGCCAUGGUCAACCUGAUGACCUCGUUGCUGAGCUCAUCUGUCACAUUUCUCGUGCUGGGCUUCUGGGCCACCUCCAGCGGCUCUGUGUGUGUGGAGAGCAGGAGUGUCAACACUCUGCUCAACCUGAUAGCCAAUGGCGAACUCCCGCCCGCCGCCUGGCCCCCCAAGGACAUCAUCCACAAACCCCCCCUGGAAUACCUACACUGGAUCAACAAGCUCCCCAGCAACUUACAGAGUGAGAUCAUCUAUUUAACCCUGCACUGCAGCAUCCUGAUAGAGAAGGAAGAGAUUAUGGAGGGCCCUGGCCUGGCGUAUGUGGCCUUCUCUCAGGCCAUCUCAGUGUUUCCCGGUUCCUCUUUCUGGGCCAUCAUCUUCUUCAUGUCUCUGGCUAUCAUGGGUCUGGGCACCAUGGUGACUCUCCUGGAGGGUAUUGUGCUUCCUCUGCAGCAAAGCGUCUCUGCCUUGGCAAGGCAUCCCAAGCUGGUACCAGUGCUUGUCUGCUCGGGAGGAUUUCUGUGUAGCCUCGUCUUCUCCAGCCGCCCUGGCAGCUACGUGGUGUUCCUGUUCGAUGACCACCUGGUCCCUAUGCUCCUCCUCAUAAUUGUGGUGCUCCAGAACCUUUCUCUGGCUUGGGUCUACGGAGUCAAGAGGUUCAGGGCUGAUAUAUUCAGCCAGCUGGGCCGCCUGGUGUGGGCACCCUUCACCUUCCUGUGGAGCUACGUGACAUUGCCCAUGCUGUUGGCCCUGCUCACCAUCUACUUCCUGAAUCUAUACCACAGUAAACCCCUCUACUAUGUCUCCUGGAAUGAUAGCAUGAGCCAGGAAGUGAAGCGGCCUUACGAGAAGAUAGCCCUGGGCUGGGUCACCUUCCUCAGUGUCCUGGCACUGCUGCCAAUCCCCUUGUACCCGCUGCAGCACUGGUGGUAUCUGGAUGACCAAAACAUCUGUGAAACCUUAGAAAAGCCUCUGUCCUCCAAAAAGACGGUCCCAGUGCCCAACAGAGUCACCCAGUGGCCUAUGCACCCCAUAAGAAAACUCACCCUCAGAAACCAGGAGAAAAGCAAGGUUUUAUUCAAAUGCAAGAGUCCCCCAGAGGCCUUCCUUCAUCCUCAAAACCUGAGAACAAGAAAGGACAGUGAAGACUACUCCAACUUCAGCUUCCCAGGUGCCACGAUUGCCUCUUGUGCCACCUCUGUGGCCUCCACCUUCCGUGAGGUCUCAAGGCACACUGGGCUCCCAGAAGCUGGUCUUGACUCCCACAGCGCUGGAGAGAAGUGACAGGCUGGAGACCUGUGAAGGAAAGGCUCUCAGGAGCCCCACUUAGCAGCAGACACAUCAUCUGGUUUUGGUAACUGAUGAUGAGCAACUAAGCCCAGUACAGGCCUCACGGAAAGCAGAAGACGGGUAUGCAGACUUCUGUGGUAGCCCCCAUGGGCCUCAAGACAGUCAUGGAUGACUCGGAAGUCCAUCCCCUAGCACUGGACACUGCCCAGGGCAAGCCCCAGGGACUCCUCCCUCUCUUUGAUAUGGACACAAUUUUGGUGUGCCCAGCUGGGCAUCCAGCACAGUCCCAGUUACCCAGAGACACAGUGGUCCCUCUAGCCCUGCCUACCCAUCAUGCCUGUCAGAGUGUGGCUGGCCUCCCAGAGACGGCCAUCUCAGACGGCACCAAGAUACCAAUGCUGUCUGUCAAUAAAUGAGGCAGUGGAUGUGACACAUA